AGCUCGCCUCACUUAUGGGUCGGAAGCGCUGCGUGGGGGAGACUGUUCCAAGAUGGCGGCGGGUUGCUGUGGGGUGAAGAAGCAGAAACUGUCCAGUUCGCCCCCCUCUGGCUCGGGCGGCGGUGGUGGCGCCUCCUCCUCCUCCCACUGCAGCGGGGAGAGCCAGUGCCGAGCCGGGGAGCUGGGACUAGGAGGCGCCGGGACGCGGCUCAACGGGCUGGGCGGGCUGAGCGGCGGCGGCGGCGGCGGCGGCGGCGGCGGCUGUACCCUCUCUCCCCCCCAGGGCUGCGGCGGCGGCGGCGGCGGGGGCAUCUCGCUGUCUCCACCUCUGAGCUGCGGAGUGGGAACCCUACUUUCUACUCCGGCCGCCGCCACCGCCUCCUCGCCGUCCUCCUCGUCCUCAUCCCCGGGCUCCCGGAAGAUGGUGGUGUCAGCGGAGAUGUGCUGCUUUUGCUUCGAUGUGCUCUACUGUCACCUGUAUGGAUAUCAGCAGCCCCGGACCCCCCGCUUCACCAACGAGCCCUACCCACUGUUUGUAACAUGGAAGAUUGGUCGAGACAAAAGAUUGCGUGGAUGCAUAGGUACUUUUUCUGCCAUGAAUUUGCAUUCAGGACUCAGGGAGUACACACUUACCAGUGCCCUUAAAGACAGCCGUUUCCCACCAAUGACAAGGGAUGAGCUGCCACGGCUUUUCUGUUCAGUGUCUCUGCUCACUAACUUUGAAGAUGUCUGUGACUAUUUGGACUGGGAGGUGGGUGUUCAUGGCAUUAGAAUAGAAUUCAUCAAUGAAAAAGGAUCAAAACGCACCGCCACCUACCUACCGGAGGUUGCAAAGGAGCAAGGGUGGGACCAUAUUCAGACCAUAGAUUCCUUACUGAGGAAAGGAGGAUACAAAGCUCCGAUUACUAAUGAAUUCAGGAAAACCAUAAAGCUGACCAGGUACCGUAGUGAAAAGAUGACCUUGAGUUAUGCUGAAUACCUUGCUCAUCGCCAGCAUCAUCACUUCCAAAAUGGCAUCGGGCAUCCCCUUCCGCCAUACAACCAUUAUUCCUGACACUGAGCCGCACAACCAGUCACUGGGCCUCUCUGCAGACCUCUUCCCAGGAGACCCUACACCUUCUUGGUCUAGCUAUCUCUUUUACUGUACCAUUUUAUGAUGAUAGUUUCCGUUGCCAUGGUGAAGCUUCGACGUUGUCACUUAAGACCAUCAUGGUAACGGGUAGGAAAAUGGCAUUUGUUAAGAAGAUCUUGUUAUUAUUUUAGAUCAUUGAUAUUUUUUUUGCAGCACAUACAGCUUUUGGAGUUUUCUUUCCUUACAAUAUUAGAUAUAUUUUUGCUUUGCUUUAUCAGUUAGGUUUCUGUCUUUCUAUCCCUUUUCUUUUUCCUGCUUCCUCCUCCCUUUUGACUGUGGAUGGAAGAAAGUAUGCAGUUUUUGAGGAUUUGUUAGGUUUGGCUUUAUUAUUCCUCAGUAAGAUAGUCAUUUUUUGAUAGCUAAAUUGGGGAUUAAUUCAUAACAAAUUCAGGUAUUUGUAUAUUACUCUUGAAUUUGCCUAAAGUUCUCUUUGCUAUGACAGCUUUGUAUUUGGGUCAAGUACAUGUUUUUCCCAUGGUUAAAAUAAAUGAGCUUUAGUUUAAGUAAUGAACAUUCAAAGGUCCAUGAUAGGGCUUGUCACAGAGAGCAAAAUACCAUUGAUACCUUCUGUGCUGAUUAUCGUAGAAGAGACAGCUCAUCAAGUUAUAGAAUCAAUUUACAAUCUAAAACACUGUUUUAGAAAAGUAUAAGCUACCUUUGAAAUGGGCUGCAGAAUUCAUUUUGAAAGGCAGCAAAUAUUAGGAAGAGAUGAGAUGCAGAAUUUAGUGCCUUUGAGAAGACUAUAAUUAAGUCAAAAUAAGAGGGGUUUUAAAAAGGCAAUUUAGAGAAAUAUUCUUGUAAAAUUUUAUUGUUUCUAUAUAAGAAACAACAGAUUACAAAAAUUCCUUACUCCAAAGUAUUUUUUUAGCUGAAAAAAUUAUUUUGAGCAAAUAACCAAAAAGACACUUGUCUAUUUUGUAUUAAUUUAAAUUUGUUAGCUUUAGGUUUCAAUGAGUCAUAAUUGGUCAGAGACAACUUUAGCUACUAUCUAAGACAUGAUAAAGAUAAUCUAGUGAAACAAAAGUUCAUAUAUACUAUGAUUUCAAAUUUGUCUAUCAUGGAGACAAUGCUGAGUUUCAGAGAUACUAUAAAGAGUUUGAAUCUCUUUCUGCACUACAUACUUUUGAUAGAAACACAUUUAUAUGUUGACAGAUAUUAUGUUGGACCUGUGAAGAUGGCAUUCAGAUAUAUUAAUUAGAGCCCAGCUCAUUUGCAGGGCUAUUCUUCCCAUGGCACAAUCAAAGAACUUACUGAUGUCAAUGGGAAGCCCUUAUGUUUAUCCCCAGGAAAACCCACAGAUGAUCCUGGCAAAUAGUGACCUUUGUUGAUGGUAGUAUAUACAUAUAUAUAUAUACACACACAUAUAUAUAUAUAGGUAUG